AUGUCUCGACCUAUUGCUCUCCUGGCCCUGGCUGCCGUAGCCAACGCCCAUGUGGCUGCUUGGGCGAAAGGCAUGUACUGCCUGAACGGCACUUCCGGCGAGGAGGACCAGAACACCAACACCGCUGUAGCUCCAUUGUUCCAGCUGGAAAAAUCGGAGUGGUGGUUCCAGCAUGAUCGUGGCUGCGACAACGCUCCUCCAGCGGAUGGUGACAGUCUUGAGCUUCCAGCCAACGGAAACUUCACGGUUGAGCUGGCUCACAACCGUGCCUUCACGACUCUGUCGUUUGAUGGCCAGUUCGUAACUAAUUGGCCAGAUGGCGAGGAUCAUCCAGAGGACUGGAGUGGUCCCGGUAACCCAUCUGACUGUAUUCAGGAUGACGGCGCCAUGCACACGAACAACCAGACUAUGGCUGGUGGCACUGCCUUUGCCAUCAGCUACGAAUCUGACAUGGCUCAGGUCACUAUGGAGAACCUGGUCGUUUUCUCUGUUCUCGAACACACCCCCUGGAAGCGCCUGGCAACCUACGAGGUCCCUGACCUCUCUGAGUGCCCAUCGGACGGAUGCACCUGUGCAUGGCUCUGGGUCCCCAUCGGAUGCGGCCAACCAAACAUGUACAUGCAGGGCUUCAAAUGCCAUGUUACCGGCGCGACCUCAUCGAAAACCCUCAGCUCCGCACAACCUCCAAAGUACUGUGCCGACGACGAAUCCGAGUGUGUUGAGGGUGCAAAGCAGAUGAUUGCGUGGAACCAAAAAUCCGGCGAUAACGUCAAACCCCUUGAUGGAGUGACCCCGACCUAUAGUGAAAGCUGGGGCUGGCAGCCCGGCGCCCAGCACGACAUCUUCAGCGAUGGCCAGUAA